UUCCUCCCGCGCCUGUCGAACUAACGCUGCUAUCUCUCACAUUUAUCUUUUCUAUUACUAUAGAAUCAAAGUAACAGUUGAAUAUACUGUAAUUACAUAAUUUGAUAGAAUGUAUGUUUGUGUUUUGUUUAUUUUUCGAAGGUCUACAUACUUAUUGUUGGAAAGUUGAACCAUAAGUUAUCUUAAUAAAAAGCUGCCCACGGAGUUCUAUAAUGUAAAGCUUUCAAAAUUAUUACACAGCAUAGUAGAAUGUUACUUUAAAUGAAGUGGAUCGAGUCAAAAAUAGUUUACAAUCAAGAAAGAGCAAUGAAAGCGUGGGGUGCGUAUGUGGCACGAUGACCGAGAGGCGAGCCCGCCCGCGGCCGCGCAGACGCAAUGAAAUGCACGACAAACAGCAGGAUUUGCUCCUUGCUUGGAGUGACGAGGUGUGCAACAGCGAGGAGGUGCCCGAAGUAGAAAUCGUCAGCUUGUUGCAAGAGCACAUACCGAAAUACCGCCUGCGAGCAGACAGCCUCACACAAUUCGGAGGGUACGAGAAUCAGGACUGGUUCAUACCUUCGCCAGCGCUGCCGCUUAGCUCCGAGGACCUAGCUCUCACGCCUGAUCAGAUCAGGGAAACACUCAAUUACUUCCUUCUAUGCAGCAACAGGGUGAGCCAAAUGACAAAGACCUACAAUGACAUCGAAGCGGUAACACGGCUCUUAGAAGAAAAAGAGAAGGACUUGGAGCUGACAGCUCGUAUUGGCAAGGAGCUGCUGGCGGCGAACGGGCGGCUGGAGUCGCGAGUGACCGCACUCGAGGGCGAGCUACGAGGCGCACGGGACCUCGUCACGCAGCUGAGGCACGACCUCAACGCCAAGACUGAACUGCUGCAGGUGCUAACAAAUGACACAGAGGACAACACUCCGACAGAGGAGCAGGAGCCGCCCACGGCGGUGGCGCUGCGCAAGCGCACGAGCGCGCUGGAGCGGGAGAACCGCGCACUGCGCGACGAGGCGGCCCGGCUCGCCGCCGGCGCGGACUCCGCCGAGCUGGCCGAGCGCCAGCUGCUCAGGGACAUCGCCAACCAGCUCUCCAGUGCAAACACUGAGGCGAAUGUGCUGAGUUCCGAACUGUCUGAAGAGAGGCAGCGCUCUGCGGACCUGCAGCAGCAACUUGACAGUGCUAACUCCAGGCUUGUCGUCACUGAACGCAAUUUGCAACAGCUGUCAGCCGAACACGAACAUACGUUACGAAUUUUAGAAAUAACUAGAGAAAAUCAAAAUGCACUCGCAGCAGAAUUGGCUGAUGCCAAGGAGCGGUACAUGGAGGUGGCGGCGCACCUGGCGGAGGCGCAGGAGCAGCUGCGCCAGGUGCGGCGGCGCGGCGAGCCGGCGCGCGGUCUCAUGCCCAGCGUGGCGGCCGCCGCCGGUCUGCUGCCCGGCCUGCCCAGUCUGCCCAGUCUGCAUCGCGAGAUGCACGCCUCCGUCUACUCCGAACUCAGUCUCGACUCCGGCAUCGGCGACCCCCUCGCACAUUCAAGCAUGCAGAAAGUGUUUGAGACGGUGCAGUGCGCGUCUCGGUGGUCGGGUGCGUCACUGGCGGGCUCCGACGUGGCGGACGGCGCGCUGCACGCCUACAAGCCGCCGCUCAAGCCUCCAUCCGCAGACUCCUUCCUCGACUAUUCCUCCGACGCUGAAUCUGAGGAUCUUUAUCCGGGCGGGGCGGGUGUGGGUGUGCCGGGCGCUCCGGGUGCGGCGGAGCUGGCGGCAGCGCUACGCCGCCUCACGCCGCAGGAGAUCGACUCGCGCCGCGCCUCCCUCGCCGCCUCGCACAUCCUGCGACACCGCAAAUACAAUGAGCGGGACGCGAGCGAGGAGAGCGCAGUGUGGGGCGCGGGCGCAGCAGGCGGGCUGGCGCGGUUCCGCGCACCGCACAAGCUGCAGAUCGUCAAGCCGUUGGAGGGCUCGCUCACACUGCACACCUGGGCGCAGCUCGCCAAGCCCAACAUGUCAGGUUUAUUAGAGGAGCAGGAAGGGGUCGCGGUUCGCGGCAGUCGGUCUACGGGCGUGGGCUCGCGACUGUACCGACUGUCUGACGUGGAGGAGGACGACGACAUGCUGCGUCUGCCGCACUCCAGCCACGUCUACACCUUCACCAACAGUUCUGUGUGCGACAGUACGGUGCUGCACCCGAACGACGGCAGCCUGGUGGGCAGCAGCACGAGCAGCGUGUGCGGCAGCGGCAUGAGCAGUCUGGCCAGCAGCGUGCUCGGCACCGCGUGGAGCUCGCGCCUCACAUCGCGUCGCUCCUCCGCCGCCGGCUCGCCAGAUCGCUCGCGUCGCGACUCCCUCUGCGCGCCGCCCUCGCGCCAUCACUACUCGCCCACCGCCACGCCCGCCAACAGCCCGCUGCUCGGCUCUCCCGAGGCCACGCCCCCCGCCACACCGCGACCCGGCGACGCCCCACCCUCACUGCACGCCCUCAUCGCCAGCGGCACCUCCAUCCUGCGCCGCCGGUAUCUCGCCUCGCCCGCCGCCGACGGCGCGUUGGCCCCGCUUGCAUUGCAGACUCCCGGCUCGCUCUACACCGGCCUCGUGCACCGCAGUCCCAUGGAGCAGCUCACCUGCCUCAAGCGCACGCUGCGCUCUCCCGCCGCCCCUGCCGCGCCCCCCGCACCCUCCACUGCGCCCGCGGACACGCCGCUCGGGGUGCCAGCGCAUCCCGGCGAGGGCGCUCUUGACGCACCCGGUGCUUUAGACAGUAUGAAGAGCGGAGGUAACGGGCGGCGCGGUCGGGUGAGGGCGCCGCGGCCGCGCACAGACCUGGGCACGGUGGGCGCUGCGGGCGCUGUGGGCGCGGCGCCGGCGCCCUGCCCGCCUGUGCAGUCGGCCUCCCCUUUGGGCACGCUCAGCUCCCUUCUGUUCGGCAGAAAGGGUGGACUAUUGUAAAUAAAUAAUUUUCGUUGCAUCGAGACUUAUGUUUGGCGCUACUCGACCUAAAUCAAGUGUUCACAUUAGUAUGAUAUUUUAUGUACAAGCAAAUUAUUAACUCAUUACAAAGACAUCUAUUUUGAACGUCGGUUUGGCGUUACAUUCCUGUACACUAAAGUGGUAUUAAUGGCCAGGGAAAUGACAAAACACAAUUUUAUUUCAAAUCGUACUGCAGUAACCAUGCACAUAAAACAAUAUAGAGUGGACACAGUCCACUUUUACAAUAAUGUUUGGAAAACACUAUUUUUUUGCUGCUACUGAGAAUACGAUAAAGGUGUGGGUAGUUGCCUUUAUAAUUUUAUCACUUGUGAUUUAGAUUUAGAUCGGAUUUGUCGGUGAGAAGUUUGUAUGUGGUACCUAUUACUAGUUUCUAAGUAGUCAUCCAAAUAUUCAUCCUAUAGAUGAGAUUUUUUUACAUUUUGAAUUUUGUUUAAUUGUAUCGUCCUAUUAUUGUGUUAAUAUUUUGACAUUGUUUUAUUUUGUAGUUAAUUUUUCUUUCAACUAUGAGCGCGCAUUCGUGCAUUUAUAACUGAUUGAAGAAUGUAAUAGUAUAGAUGAUUCAAACCAUUUUGAUGCGUAGAGUUUUGUAUCUGGUAUUCCUCGC